AUGCUAAGACAAGCUGCAUUGAAAAAUGUUGCCACGAAACGUGGAUUCCAGCAACUAACUCUAAGAUCAUCAAAGGCACCUUCCUCCAUCGCCUUCCGUUAUUAUAAAUCCAUUCCUCGUAAUUAUAGCUCUGUUUCUAAUGCAGCAGCAGUAAGGCCAGAACCUGCUCCAAGUUUCAAUGUGGACCCAGCUUCACAACCAUCUCAAAAACAACCUGUAAAGCUUUCCAAGAAACUACGCACAGAACCGGAAAUGGAUAGUUCAUUUGUUGGAUUAUCUGGAGGUCAAAUCUUCAAUGAAAUGAUGAAAAGACAAAAUGUUGACACAGUCUUUGGCUAUCCAGGUGGUGCAAUCUUACCAGUCUACGAUGCCAUCUACAACAGUGACGCAUUCAAAUUUGUCUUACCAAAACAUGAACAAGGUGCGGGUCAUAUGGCUGAAGGUUAUGCAAGAGCAUCAGGUAAAACAGGUGUUGUAUUAGUUACGUCAGGUCCAGGUGCGACCAACGUAGUGACUCCAAUGGCAGAUGCCCUUGCAGAUGGUAUUCCAAUGGUGGUCUUUACUGGCCAAGUACCAACUUCUGCGAUCGGUACUGAUGCCUUCCAAGAAGCAGAUGUCGUAGGUAUUUCAAGAUCAUGUACUAAAUGGAACGUUAUGGUUAGAUCUGUUGCUGAAUUGCCAUUACGUAUUAAUGAAGCUUUUGAAAUAGCGAACAGUGGGAGACCAGGUCCUGUCUUAGUCGAUCUACCAAAGGAUGUCACGGCUGCUAUCUUAAGAAACCCAAUUCCAAUUAAAUCUACUUUACCGAUAACGAGUCAAUUAAAGAGCGUUGCUGAAGAAGCUUAUACUAUGGAAAGUAUUAAUAGGGCUGCUGAUUUAAUUAACUUGGCUAAGAGACCUGUUCUUUAUGUUGGUAACGGUAUCAUGAACAAUCCAGAUGGUCCAAGAUUAUUAAAGGAAUUAAGUGACCGUGCUCAAAUUCCAGUUACUACUACUAUUCAAGGUUUAGGUGCUUUCGAUCAAGAAGAUCCAAAAUCCUUAGAUAUGCUAGGUAUGCAUGGUUGUGCCACUGCUAAUUUAGCUAUGCAAAAUGCUGAUUUAGUGAUCGCCCUUGGUGCUAGAUUCGAUGAUCGUGUUACCGGUAAUAUUGCUAAAUUUGCUCCAGAAGCUCGUCGUGCUGCUUUGGAAGAAAGAGGUGGUAUUAUUCAUUUCGAAAUCUCUCCAAAGAAUAUUAAUAAAGUUGUUGAAGCUCAAGUUGCUGUAGAAGGUGAUGCUGCUUCUAACGUUAGCAAAUUAUUACCUUUAGUCUUCCCAGUGAAGGAAAGAAAAGAUUGGUUCAAACAAAUUAACCAAUGGAAAAAGGAAUACCCAUACUCAUACAUGAAGGAAACCGCUGAAUCUAAGAUUAAACCACAAACUGUAAUCUCUAAAUUAUCUAAGAUCGCAAACGGUACAGGUAAACCAGUUGUUGUUACCACAGGUGUUGGUCAACAUCAAAUGUGGGCUGCUCAACAUUGGACGUGGAAGCAUCCACGUAGUUUCAUUACAUCUGGUGGUUUAGGUACUAUGGGUUAUGGGUUACCAGCAGCCAUUGGUGCUCAAGUGGCCAGACCAGAUGCAAUUGUUAUUGAUAUUGAUGGUGAUGCUUCAUUCAAUAUGACUUUGACAGAAUUAAGUUCGGCAGUUCAAGCAGGUGUACCAAUUAAAAUCUUACUUUUGAAUAAUGAAGAACAAGGUAUGGUUACACAAUGGCAAUCAUUAUUUUAUGAACAUCGUUACUCUCAUACUCAUCAAUUGAAUCCAGAUUUCAUGAAACUAGCAGAUGCUAUGGGAUUGAAAGGUAUUAGAGUAAAGAAUCAAGGAGAAUUGGAUGGUGCUUUGAAAGAAUUUGUUGAUUAUCAAGGUCCUGUCUUAUUAGAAGUUGAAGUGGAAAAGAAAGUUCCAGUCUUACCAAUGGUUCCAGCUGGAAAAGGUUUAGAUGAAUUUAUUAAUUUUGACCCAGAAAUGGAAAAGGAACAAAAUGAAUUACGUCACAAACGUACCGGCGGUAAACAUUAA